GUGCCAGAAGAGCGAGUUUCAGGCCGCAUUGGCGGCAUUUUCUGCAUUAGACAGGCUUCUGGUAUUGAUCCGAGCCCCUAUCAGAUGGCGGCACAUGGUCUAGCAUGGAUUCCAUAUCAGCCGCUUCUCCUCGGCCUCCUCCUCAUCCAGCAAACUGCUGCAUCGUUGCCUGAGGAUGCGGUCACUAACCUCCGUGAAUAUUUGCGUAUCAAAACGGUGCACCCGCAGCCAGAUUACGAAGCCGCAAAAGAGUUCUUGGUUGCCUAUGGGAAGAAUCUCACCCUUGAAGUUGACGUUAUGGAGUUUGUGAGUGGGGACCCUGUUAUACUAAUGACGUGGAAGGGCAGCAAUCCUGAAGCCAGCUCUAUUCUGUUGAACUCUCACAUGGACGUAGUUCCGGUUGAGCAAGUCAAGUGGCGCCAUGAUGCUUUCGAGGCAGUAAGGGAGCCAUCCGGCGACAUUGUAGGGCGGGGUUCGCAGGACAUGAAGUGCGUUGGGAUUCAGUACUUGGAGGCCAUUCGGAAGCUGCAGGCUAAAGUGUUCAAGCCGGUCAGAAGCGUUCACGUACUGUUUGUUCCAGAUGAGGAGAUUGGCGGCCAUGAUGGGAUGGAACGUUUCAUUGCCUCUGAGAAGUUUUCAGACAUCCAGGUGGGUGUGGCCCUGGACGAGGGGCUGGCGUCCCCCACCGCAGACUAUCGAGUUUUUUAUGGAGAAAGGACCCUCUGGUGGCUAAGCAUCAAGGCUGUGGGUGCACCAGGCCAUGGCUCGAAGUUGUUUGAUGGCUCCGCGGCAGAGAACCUUCUGAAGAGCUUGGCGCUGAUCAGCGCAUACCGUGAAGAGGAGUUCAACGCUUACAAGAGCGGGGAGGCCGCAGAGGCUGAAGUUACGUCCAUCAACCUCUCCUUCCUGAAAGCCGGCACGCCCUCCCCUUCCGGGUUUGUCAUGAACCUCCAGCCGUCUGAGGCGGAGGCCGGAUUCGACAUCCGGAUACCCCCCAGCGCUGACGCCGAGGAUCUCGAGCGGCGCAUCCGGGAGGAGUGGGCGCCUGUGGAGAGGAAUAUGACGUACGAGUUUCUGCAAAAGAAUGUUUAUCGGUCCGUGUCUGCGGAGCCGUUGGUCACCCCCUUCGACGUUUCAAACCCAUGGUGGGCUGUUUUCGCAACGGCUGUAGAGAAGACGGGUGUCAAGCUGAGCAAGCCAGAGAUCUUUCCAGCGGCCACCGAUGGACGGUACCUCCGUUACAAGGACUUCCCCGUCAUUGGAUUUUCGCCAAUGAGGGAAACCCCGGUCCUUCUGCACGACCAUAACGAGUUUUUGAAUGAGGGCGUGUUCUUAGAAGGGGUUGAUGCUUACGAGAGCAUCAUAGCUGCAUUGUCAACGUUUGAUGGGGCAGACGGACCUUCUUAUGCCUUACGUGAAGAAUUGUGAGUCUCGCCAAGUUUAUGAAUGGGCUUAUAGAGGAUGUGUACCAUACAAGACCAUUUGCACGCAAGAACAAGAGCUAGCGGCUGCCUCUAGAUUUUCGGACCGACUUUUUCUACCCCGAGUCCGCAUGAGACGGUGUACUUGUGAGUCCAUGCAAUAGAUUUAUUUCGGAGG